AGUCGGACAGCGCGGUCAACCAAUCGGAGUCCUGCCAGGACAUCCCACCACCGACUACCACCUGACCAGCUCAUCAUUGACACCAUGGUCACGAACAUGUCGCAGCCGCAUUACUGUGGCACCGGCAUCGAUGAUUUCCACACAAACUACAAAUACUUCCACGGCUACUUCUCGCUGAUUGUGUGUAUCCUGGGCACCAUCGCGAACACCCUGAAUAUCAUUGUGCUAACCCGACGCGAGAUGCGCUCCCCCACAAAUGCCAUACUCACGGGUCUGGCAGUCGCCGAUCUGGCUGUGAUGCUGGAAUACAUACCCUAUACAGUGCACGACUACAUUCUCAGUGCGAGGCUGCCGCGGGAGGAGCAGCUCAGCUACAGCUGGGCGUGCUUCAUCAAGUUCCACUCGGUUUUUCCCCAGGUGCUGCACACCAUCUCCAUUUGGCUGACAGUGACGCUGGCGGUUUGGCGCUAUAUAGCGGUGAGCUAUCCGCAGAGGAAUCGCAUCUGGUGUGGAAUGCGGACUACGUUGAUCACCAUAGCCACAGCCUAUGUGGUGUGUGUCCUGGUGGUAUCACCGUGGCUGUACCUGGUCACGGCCAUAGCCAAGUUCCUGGAGACCCUGGAUGCCAAUGGCAAGACGAUCGGCUCAGUUCCGUUGAGUCAGUACAUCCUGGACUACAAUCGCCAGGAAGAGGUGACGAUGCAGGUCAUGUCGAGUACGACGCCAGAUUUUUCCUGGGCGAUACCUAGUGAUUCGGCCAAUGGAACUGCAGUUAGCUUGCUAAGCUUAACUACAGUCGUACCCCUAACCACUUUAAGUACUGGAUCAACCACAUCCUCGGCGAUGGGCGAGCGCAAUGUGACUGUCUAUAAGUUGUAUCACAGCGCACUGGCGCUGCAUGAUCGCCAGUUCAGGAAUGCGACCUUCCUUAUAUAUAGUGUCUUGAUCAAGCUGAUACCCUGCUUCGCAUUGACCAUCCUUUCUGUGCGGCUCAUCGGGGCGCUCUUGGAGGCCAAGAGGAGGCGCAAAAUCCUGGCCUGCCAUGCGGCCAACGAUAUGCAGCCAAUUGUCAAUGGAAAGGUGGUGACUCCAACCCAACCCAAGAGCUGUAAGCUCCUGGAGAAGGAGAAGCAGACCGAUCGCACCACGAGGAUGCUCCUGGCGGUCCUGCUGCUCUUCCUGGUCACCGAGUUUCCGCAGGGCAUUAUGGGUCUGCUGAAUGUGCUCCUGGGCGACGCCUUCUUCCUGCAAUGUUACCUAAAGCUGAGUGACCUUAUGGACAUCUUGGCGCUUAUUAAUUCGAGCAUCAACUUCAUCCUGUACUGCUCGAUGAGCCGUCAGUUCCGGAGCACGUUCGCGCUCCUCUUCCGUCCCCGCUGGCUGGACAAAUGGCUGCCGUUGUCGCAGCACGACGGCGAUGGAAGGGUGGGCGGAAGUGGCGGCCUGGGCGGCUACGGCGGAUAUGGACGGCAGCGGUUGCUGCACACGGAUGCCGUCAGCAAGAGCAUGGCCAUCGAUCUCGGGCUGACGACCCAAGUGACAAAUGUGUAGCAGGAGAGCAGUGGCCGGGCGGCGGUGUCAGCCGCAGCCGGUGGAGCAGCUGCAUCGGUGGCCCUGGCAGUGGCAGCCACUGAUGUUGAUGGAUGUCCGGUUGCCACUGAUGCUGCUGUUUCCACUAACGACAUCAGCCUGGUCGAGAAGCUGCACUUGCAGCCCAGCCAAAUGGCUGCUGCGAUAUCGAGUGGACAGCAUCGAAGACGUCGCAGUGGGAGUGGCACCAAGUGCAUCUGGCCCACGACGGACUGGCUGAGAAAGCUGCGCAGCCAGAAGGCUAGGGAAACCGAAACAUCCUCCGAUCAGGACAUAGAGCUGGGCAAAAGCUCUAUCAACAGGCGCAGCAGUGUCCUUCUAAUGGUAUUACUUAGCAGCUCCGAUGAGGUCAAAGCCAAGGCUGUUUUGGUCAGUGAGCAGCCGCCGAGUCCAGGGGACGAGGAUGUGGAAGACGCCAUCGAUGCCCUCUGGCUGUGAGAUGUCCCCUCACUUCCAUUUUGUACGCCCUGUAAAUUACCCAAGUACCCACUAAUAUUUAACUACUAUGUACAGACCAAUUCUUCAGACAAAUUGCUCUGCGCUGAUUCCAAUAUUUUCCAGCCAGCGAACCACCUUGGCGAAUCGAGAGCCCCUUUCGCUGAGGCUUUGCUCUGCUGGAAAAUGAGUGGGGUUUCCUUGAAAGGACUCCCUGGAAGCAGCCUGCAACAUUUUGUGACCACCCUUGAUAAGUGAUAUACUUGACUAAGUUUCACCCCUAAUAGUUGUGUAAGUGCUAAGCGCGUCUCUGGAUAAAAAAAGGAAUUAGUCAUAGUCUAACUAUUACCUAAGAUAUAUUUAUGAAACG